GAACAAGGAGAACGGCCAUCAUUCACUGUCUCUCAGAUAGAUAGGCUCUAUCUCUGUUCUCUAAUAAUUAAUUCUUUCAGAUAAGGGAGGGACUCCACAGAGAGUGAGAGUGAGAGUGAGAGUGAGAGAGAAGGGUUAACUAUGGCGACAUCAAGAUUUUCUGCACCUUCGACUAGAGCAGAGUCCUUAUCGCACUGCUCUUCAAUCUCGAGGUGCCUGGAUUUCAGCUCCAGAAACAGAAGCUCCAGCCUCGUAUUGACUAGAACACGCCGUUUGCGGAGGGUUAAACUGUCUUCCUCGGUGAGGAACGUUUCCAGUGAACCAACGCAAAAGAUACAGGAUCCGAUCACUGACGAAGGAGUUCCAGGUGAUCUAAGUUCUUUCACACCGGAUGCUGCAUCAAUUGCCUCAAGUAUUAAAUACCAUGCAGAAUUCACACCAUUAUUUUCUCCCGAGCGGUUUGAGCUCCCUAAGGCUUUCUUUGCUACGGCACAAAGUGUUCGUGAUGCACUCAUCAUUAAUUGGAAUGCUACAUACGAUUUCUAUGAAAAGAUGAAUGCAAAACAGGCAUACUAUUUGUCAAUGGAAUUUCUACAGGGCAGAGCAUUGUUAAAUGCCAUUGGUAAUUUAGAGCUAACUGGUGCCUAUGGUGAGGCUUUGAGCAAGCUGGGACACAAUUUAGAGACUGUAGCUUGGCAGGAGCCAGAUGCUGCUCUGGGAAACGGGGGUCUUGGACGACUUGCUUCCUGUUUUCUAGACUCUUUGGCAACACUAAAUUAUCCAGCGUGGGGUUAUGGACUUAGAUACAAAUAUGGUCUCUUUAAACAGCGAAUUACAAAAGACGGCCAGGAGGAGGUUGCUGAAAAUUGGCUUGAGAUGGGAAAUCCUUGGGAAAUUGCUAGAAAUGAUGUCUCGUAUCCUGUGAAAUUUUAUGGCAAAGUUGUUAUGGGGUCAGAUGGAAAGAGGCACUGGAUUGGCGGAGAAGAUAUAGAGGCUUCUGCAUAUGAUGUCCCUAUACCAGGAUAUAAAACUAGAACCACAAUCAACCUUCGACUGUGGUCCACUAAAGUUCCAUCAAAAGAUUUUGAUUUGUACGCUUUCAAUGAUGGAGAGCACACUAAAGCCUGUGAAGCCCAAGUAAAUGCUGAAAAGAUUUGCUAUAUAUUAUACCCUGGUGAUGAAUCAGUGGAGGGGAAGAUUCUUCGUUUGAAGCAACAAUAUACCUUAUGCUCAGCUUCUCUCCAAGAUAUUAUUGCACGAUUUGAGAGGAGGUCUGGUGGGCAUGUGGAAUGGGAAGAGUUUCCUGAAAAAGUUGCAGUGCAAAUGAAUGAUACCCAUCCAACAUUGUGUAUCCCUGAGCUGAUGAGGAUAUUUAUAGAUUUGAAGGGCAUGAGUUGGAAGGAAGCUUGGAAUAUUACCCAAAGAACUGUGGCAUACACAAAUCACACUGUUUUGCCCGAGGCAUUGGAGAAGUGGAGUUUAGAACUUAUGCAGAAACUGCUUCCUCGACAUGUUGAGAUUAUAGAGAUGAUUGAUGACGAGCUGAUUCAUAACAUAGUAUCCAAGUUUGGAACAUCAGAUCUUCACUUGUUAGAGAAGAAAUUGAAUGCAAUGAGAAUCCUAGAAAACUGUGAUCUGCCUGCCUCUGUUGGUGAUGUAUUUGUUAAAGCAAAAGAAACCCCCGUUGUUGAUCCUAGUAAAGAUCUUGAAGUUACUCACGAAGUUGAACCUGCUGAUGAAGAUGAUGAAGUUGAAGUAGAAGAUAAUGAAGUUGAAGUAGAAGAUGAUGAUGUUGAAGUAGAAGAGAUGCCAAAGAAAAAAAAGUUGGAUCCGGAACCAGUUCCUAUACCCCCGAAGAUGGUCCGUAUGGCUAAUCUUUGUGUUGUGGGUGGUCAUGCAGUAAAUGGAGUUGCUGAGAUUCACAGCGAAAUAGUGAAGCAGGAAGUUUUCAAUGACUUUUAUCAGCUCUGGCCUGGGAAAUUUCAAAAUAAAACAAAUGGGGUGACACCAAGAAGAUGGAUCCGUUUCUGCAAUCCAGAUCUUAGCAACAUCUUAACUAAGUGGACUGGUGCAGAAGACUGGGUCCUCAGCACUCAGAAAUUGGCAGAGUUGCGGAAGUUUGCCGAUAAUGAAGAUCUCCAAAUUGAGUGGAGGGCAGCAAAAAGGAGCAAUAAGCUUAAGGUCGUAACAUACCUAAAACAAAAAACAGGGUACUCUGUCAGCCCUGAUGCAAUGUUUGAUGUCCAGGUGAAGCGUAUCCAUGAAUACAAGAGGCAACUGUUAAAUAUCUUGGGAAUUGUUUAUCGGUACAAGAAGAUGAAAGAAAUGGAUGCAGGAGAGAGGAUAGCAAAGUUUGUUCCUCGUGUUUGUAUAUUUGGGGGAAAAGCAUUUGCUACGUAUGUGCAAGCCAAGAGGAUUGUGAAACUCAUCACAGAUGUUGGGGCUACAAUAAAUCAUGAUCCUGAAAUAGGUGACUUAUUGAAGGUUGUAUUUGUUCCUGAUUACAAUGUCAGCGUCGCGGAAUUGCUAAUACCUGCUAGUGAGCUUUCGCAGCAUAUCAGUACUGCUGGGAUGGAGGCAAGUGGGACCAGCAACAUGAAGUUUGCAAUGAAUGGUUGCAUCUUGAUUGGGACCUUAGAUGGGGCAAAUGUUGAAAUAAGGCAAGAGGUUGGAGAAGACAACUUUUUCCUUUUUGGUGCUCAAGCACAUGAGAUUGCUGGGCUUCGAAAAGAGAGAGCCGAGGGCAAGUUUGUACCAGAUUCUUGUUUUGAAGAAGCCAAGGAAUUUGUCAGGAGUGGUGCUUUUGGGUCUUAUAACUAUGAUGAACUAAUGAAAUCCUUGGAAGGAAUUGAAGGUUUUGGCCGAGCAGACUAUUUCCUAGUGGGCAAGGACUUCCCAAGUUACAUAGAGUGCCAAGAGAUGGUCGAUGAGGCUUAUCGAGACCAAAGGAGAUGGACAAAGAUGUCGAUCUUGAACACUGCAGGCUCUUACAAGUUCAGCAGUGACAGAACAAUUCACGAGUAUGCCCGAGACAUAUGGAACAUUGAACCCGUUGAGUUGCCAUAGAGAAGACUGAAUCAACUCAAGGCAGCCACCCAACUGGGGAUGGCAAUGGACUAAGUAAAAAUGGUUAUUUGUCCAAAUCUGUCUUGUUUAGAUCGGAGAUGGAUCAUAUGUAUUAGACGGUGGACGUAUACGAAAAUGUCCAUAUGGAUUGACACUUACUCCUACCUCGCUUUACCCGUUAUUAGUAUUAUUAUUAUAUGUUGUUAAGAAUAUAAAUCUAUAUAUUAUUGAAUGGUUUUUUCUUUUGAAAAUUAUUUUAUUUUUUGACUUUUUUUUUCAUGUUUUUAGCUUGUAAAAGUGUAAAUUUUUGUGUUUUUGUAUUUUUUUAUGUUGGAUUAUGAUAUGUUACAUUAUGUUGUGUUGUAUGAUAUUGUGUUAGA